CCCACUUCUCGUCCUCUCCCUCCAAGCAACUUCAAUGGGAGAACCCUUCACGCAUGACUCCUUCAGCCUGAGCCAACCUUCUGUGGCCAAACCCACCAGCUCAUCUGCGGGAUGUUUUCCUUGCCGCCACUGUAAGCAGGAGUUUGCCACCCUUAAAGCUUGGGCCGGCCAUCAGAAAGCUCACAGCCGCAAGCUAGACGCUGCUGCUGGGCCAAACUUUCCGGCCAACAACAAGCAGGAAUACCCCCUACUUCCUCUGUUCCGCACGGCCAAACCCACCAACUCAUCUCCGGGAUGUUUUCCUUGCCCCCACUGUGAGCAGGAGUUUGCCACCCCUAAAGCUCGGGCCGGCCAUCAAAAAGCUCACAGCCGCAAGCGAGACGCUGCUGCUGGGCCAAACUUUCCGGCCAACAACCAGCAGGAACACCCCCUUGAUCCUCUGUUCUGCACUUUUCCACAUCUGCAGCCGCCGCCGCACCAGCAGCACGAGGACCAGAACCUAGCUUCUAGCUCGGUCCCUCGGAGUUUACUGUGCGUUUCGACUGCUGAUGCUCUCUCCACUACCACUGAUGAGGAUGAUUCUGCCAAUAUGGACCUCACCCUCCGCCUGUGAAGGACUUUAGACUGAAUGGUG